AUGUCCUUGGUGCCGCUGUAUCUCGGGUAUUUUCUACUUGCGACGAUUGUCGUGCUUGGGCACAUUCCAACCGGGGCCGGGGAUGCUGAGCAAAAUCGACCGUCGUCAAGCGGCGGCCGCCUGGAACAACAUCUCGGCGCCGUCGAGUGUGUCGAUAUGCCACCACCGGCGGUGGCGUUGGUUCCGUCGGUCCCGGUCGCAUCCCGGACAUUGGACUUCCCCACCGGGCCCCGAGCGACGGCCGUAGCAGUCACCCCCGCCAGAAUAAACGCGGACGCUAGAGGUGAAAGAGACGUCCGAGGUGGCGGAAGAGCGGGAGGCAGAGACAACGGGGCAGCGCCGACGGAACACACGCGAGCAUUCAAGGGAAGCAGUAGCGGCGGUGCGAGUUUCGGCUCGCCCGGGAGUCGGGCAGUGGUUGACGAACAGCACCACCUUUCUACCAAGAGAACAUCGGACGCGAGGCAGCAGGUCGUCGGCGGUCGAAGGGCGCGUGAUCGUAAGGGCGGCGGAAGACGGAGAUCGGUCGCGGAAGUUGGGCAAACGGUAGGCGCAGAAGGCAACAGCGGCAGUCUUGCUAAAGGGGGUGGGAUGGUUCGUGGAAACGCGGACGGUGUUAAAGAGCGACCACGGCGAGUGUCUUCGCAGCUCUCUUUCGGCUACUCUGUCGCCGAGGGUGGCGGCGGUGGCGGCGCGGCGGGGGGAGGCAAUCGUAGAGGAGGCCAACGUGGAGGGGAGGUCGGGGAAAACACGAGGCGAGCUAGGUUGGGAACGCAGGACAACAAGUUUCGCAUGCAGGCGGGACAGAGCAACACUCUGGUGGCAGUGAGGCUGAGGCCCCUGCUGAAGCACGACCGAGAACACGUAGAAGUGGCCAAGGUGUUGGAUCACAGGGUGGUGGUCCUGAUGGACCCUGCAAAGGUCAACCAAGAAGUUGACCCCCUCCGGGUAAACCGCACCAGAGAGAAAAGGUUCGUCGUUGGUGCACUUCUUCCGUUGUUCCAAGCUCAUUUAUUACGGUACGCCUUCGACUACGUCUUCGAUGCCACGGCGACGCAGAGGGCCGUCUAUGAAAACACCACGAAAUUUCUCAUACAGGGCGUCGUCGACGGUUACAACGCAACCGUGUUCGCGUAUGGAUGCACGGGUGCCGGCAAGACGUACACCAUGAUCGGGAACGGCCAAGAGGGGCACCAGGGCAUCAUGGUCCUCACGCUGCAGGAUCUCUUCAAGCAACAGCGCAGGGGUAGGCGUUACUCCGUGACCGUCUCCUUCCUCGAGGUGUACAACGAGAAUAUUCGUGAUCUCUUGAACGACACCGGCGAGUUCUUGGACUUGCGGGAAGAUCCCAUUAAGGGCCCGACGGUUUCGGGACUAGCCGAAGUGGAAGCCCGGACACCGGAAGAGAUCAUGGACCUCCUUCACCAAGGGAACCAGAGCCGGACCCAGCAAGCUACUCGCGCUAAUGCUGCUUCUUCCCGUUCCCACGCGGUGCUGCAGGGGACGCUGCUACACCGUGCUUUGACAGUAACUGCCCACCACCCCACCCCCGUCACACCUACCUGCAUGCCCGGCCACGAUGAAUCCCUUCACGGCGGAAAAACAACGCUUCCGCGCACACGCGCAACAAACACCAACAGAGCGGCCGCCACGCAAAACCGAGGGGUGCGCUUGGUGGAGGGAGCCAACAUCAAUCGCUCGUUGCUAGCGCUAGGAAACUGCAUCAACGCGCUAGGGGAGAGGGGCAACAAGGGGCAGUUUGUUCCUUAUCGCGGCGCCUCGUCGUCCUUCGAGGAAACGCUCAACACCCUCAAGUACGCCAACCGCGCCAAGAACAUCAAGACGAACGCCACCCGCAACUCCCUGGACGUGAACCACCACAUCUCCGAGUACGUUAACCUCAUCGGCAGCCUACGCACCGAGAUAACCAGACUCAAGGACCAGCUCGUGAGGGGCGGACGGAGUGGCGGCGGCGUAGGCACGGGCGCAGGCGGCGACGGAGUCGGUUCUAGCCGGUCUGAGGCCAUGGUGUUCUCUCCGUCUCUCAAGGCGAGUACCAACUCUCUAUUCGCCCCCGCGGACGACGAGCAGCAAGAGCUCAGAGGCUCGCGCAGCAAACAAAUCGCCGGCAGUUCGAAACGGGCGUCGUUGUUGUUGUCGCCGUCGUCUUCACCGUCGGCAAAACUUGCGAACGAUGAUGGUAGAGCUAGCGGCGCUGGUGCAGCCGCCGGGUCGAUGAUGGCGGUGGUCGACGGGGCUGCCGGGAGCGGCACGAGCAGCCGAAACGGCAACGACUUGGCCAUGGUUGCCGGUGUUAGGGAUGCUCCCGUGGCUUCUCCGCCGGUGUCGAUGGCGGCGGGGGAGGGGGCGGUGGUCUCCUCUCCUCAGGACAAAGAUUUCGUGGAAGAGGUGGGUAACUUUAGUCAGAAGGAACCAUGGCGAGACUGCUUGCUCAGCGCUGUUCGGGCAACGCGACCGACCCAUUCUCCCGUUCAUAAGUACGGGGAAGAUGGAAGAUUGGACACGUUAUCAAACCACACUCACGCAUCUCUUUUAAUUACACAUCAACGUCCGUUGGAUCGAGAGCAGGUACGCGAGAAGAUCGUGGAGAACUUCCGGGAAAGAAUGCAACUUCGGCGGUCCCUUAUCGAGCUGGAGGACCAAAACGUCCAGAACAGCAUAGAGGUGACCGUGUUUGUAUACGUUUCAGGGCUGACACGGCACGGGGGGUGGGCAGAGGCCGUCGCGGAAGCAGCGGAGGCGGCGGCCGCCGGUGGCCGGGGCGACGGGAACAUCAUCUCACCCCCACCGCCGGAGGUUAGGGUGGCGUGGAGAGAGUGCGAGCAGCUGUGCAGCGCCAUCUCCAAGAACAACGAGACGAAGCGCAAGAUAUCGCGACGGUUGAGGAACAACGGCCGCCAGGCCGAGCGAUUCAAAGCAGACCUGGAUGGAAAGAUAACCGGCGAGGACAGAAACCAACUCAUGAGAUUGCAGUAUCGCAUCGGCAAGCUUGAGUUGGACAAUAUGGAGCUAGAGCAGAGCCGAAUUGUGCACGAGAGCGCCAUGAGGGGGAAAGACCUCACCAUAGAGAAGCUACAGCUGCAAGUCGGAAUCACGGACGCUUUGGACGCUUUCCUUCCCGAGGGGGUCGUCGUGGGUCGCACCAACAACAUCGGGAGUACGCCGUUCGACGAUGGUGACCACGGCGGUGACGUCCAUAACGGUGAUGACCAAGGGGAUGGCGACGACGGCGACAGUGGCGUGCUAAUCCCUCGAUGCAGAAACGGAAGGAGGGGCGGCUGGGGCUCGUCGUCGUCAGAUAGCGAGGAAGACUGCCGCCAGAACACAGCCGCAAAGAUGAACGGGGGGGGGACGAAGAAAGACGGUCCCGCUGGCAUCGCUGUCAUAGAGAGCGGGAACAUCAACACCAGCUCAACCCAGGGGGGGUCGGCAUCUGUAUCGGCAACUGACGCAGCCGCAGCAGAGGAAGACGAUAAAGAUAAACAAGAAAAAAGUCGGCACCAAAAACAACAGCAACAGCACCAGCCGAGGGACAGGCUUGAGCAGAUGAUGGAGACCACCCUGGGACGCUCGACAGGACAACAGUGGCCUAAACGCCGGCCGUCCAAGACCAUGUCGCGAACAACUCGCCAGGCGACUCACCCCCCGCCGCCUCAACCGCCACCAUCAUCGUCGUCGUCGUUGCAGCCGAAGCCAAAAUACCAACAGACCGGGUCGAGGAGACGUCGAGUGCCGUCGAACACUGCUGGUGGCGGCGGCCACCUGCAAGGCGACCACGACGACGACAGCAUCGAAGACGGCCUCGUCGUGUCCUCCGUCAUUCCCGACGCGGCGUCGUGUGUGGCGCCGUUCCACGGCCCGCUACCGGUGUCCCUUGCCUUCGGGUGCAGUUCUGAUGGGCUCCUGGCGAUGCCGGCCGGCGACGACGCUUUCGCGGCUAAGGGCAGCAGGGCACGAGAUGAGAGAAACUUGUCGAUCAACGACCUGGCCGCGGUGAGAGGCAUCUCGGUGAAGCAGCAGCAGCCGCUACCCAAGGAUCGGAGAAAAAACCAACCUCCAUCUGACAGUGUAGCUCCGAGCUCCGCCGGAUUCACCGGAAAUUCAGCUUCGGGAGUCCCCGUCAGGACCUGGGACGACGCCAGCGGAGGAGAUGCAGCUGGUGGGAGCGGUUUACCAAACGGCGAGGGUCGCACCGGUAACGACCUUGUCACACCCAACGGACCUCUUGCAGUCUCAUCUUCAACGGGGGUAAGUAGGACGUUUCAGCACUCGGCUCAGCCUCCGCACCCGCUGAAACACGGGUCGUUGGCGUACGCAGAGGCUUCAGCAACACCAGCUGGCCGAGUCGCCGACGGUCCAGACAGCAUGGGCAUCUCGGGCACCAGCGUGGCUCUACCGUGGAGUAGACGGCAGGCGUCCACGUCAUCCUGUAACGCCGGUGGUGCCGUAGGGGCCGGCGCUAACCGAAGGCGGUUAAGACGCGAGCAGACCCGGGCCGCCGCCGCUGGUGGGGUUGCUGGAAGCAGCUGGGGUAGCGACGCUGCCACUACGAACGUUGCGGCCCAAGGGUGGGGAGAAAGAUCGCACGGUGGUGACGACGUCGAGCUGCGAGGGCGUGUGGGCGAGGACAGACCGCCGAUGGCGCAUGGCGUAGGGACAGAUGCAGAAGAAAUGAUCGUUGUUGCUUCUGCACUCGGAGCCGGGCGGGCGGACGAAGGCGAGCAGCGCGAGGCGCGUUUCGGCAGCUUAGCGAACCUCAAGGCGAGAAUGGGGGUAAGGUAUCAGCAGCAGCAGCAGAAGCAGCAGCAGCCCGCAGAGGCUGCGGCGGCGUCGGGUGGCGGGGGCGUUGCCAGUGGAGAGAGGAACACACAGGAGAGCGCAGGGAAGGAUCGCGGCCCGCAACGUUCUACUCCUUAUCAGGCAUUUUGA